UGUGUGGAAACGUCACGACGUCGGACGCCCAUUCGGAAAAGAAGCGCCACAGUGAAAUGGCCCGAUAAGACCUCCGUUUGCAUUCGUUUGGUAACCUUGCGAGACGCGCAGUGUCUACAGCGCUCUGAGCAGGAUGUCGCUGCUGAAGCCGUUCAGCAAGCUUCCCGGUUUGAACUCGGCGAACAUCUUGCUGGUGGAGAGCGAGGAGCAGUUUCAGCAGAGUUUAGCAGAGAGUCUGGUGGAGGAGACCGCGUUCACCGUCAAUGUGAGACUGGCCAAGAGUCUGCCUCUGCCCGUGGAGAAUGAGGAGAGCCGGCCGAGGAUAGACCUCGUGGUGUUCAUCAUCAACCUGACCUCGGAGCUCAGUUUACAGUCAGCAGAAGCUUCGCUGAAGUGUUUGGACCACAGAUAUUUCCUUGGAAAAGUCUGCUUCAUGGCCACUAAUGCUCGAAGCGCGGCGACCCCCGGCGAGCGCCUUGACGCCGUCAGAAAGCUGGCUGCGUCGCUGCACUGCCCCCUGCUGUUUGCAGAGGAUCAGACACCAGGCGGUGUGAUCAACGCUACAGAGAGACUGCUGACCAUCCUGAAGGUGGCAGCCGGCCUUGUUCCCAUGGCUACCGCGCUCUACCUGUCCAACCUGACCCGCAGCACCGUGCUCCAGGAUAUUGACCAGCCCAGCUUCGAUUAAGUUGUGCGCUCUCCCAAAAGACAUUUCCUCUUUUUGUUUGAUGUUAUGUAUUUGUGCCGUUUUCUUUUCUUUUCUUUAGUAGCGGGGGGGCUUCUUCAACCUCUUGUUGAAUCAGGCUUUGAUAUCUUCAUUGCCAUAAACCUGUUUGCGUAACGCUUUUACAAAGCAGCCAUCUGUCGGAUGGACAGAUGGCGUUUUAACAGAUCAAAAAGGGGUGUACGUCCUUACUUUUAAUUAUGAGUCACACACCAAGAACUCUAUGUCGGUGGUGUUAACUACACUUUCAUUCACUCUGUUUUCACUCGUCCCAAUGGCAGAAGAGGCGUUAUUAAUGUCGCAAAAGGCCUCCCUGAAAGAAACAAUCACAAAACAAGGCUGUAUUUGGUUUUCGACAGAUCCCUCCAACUCGAGGAGUGCUACAAUAAAGCUGUGCAUUUCUUUAUGUAGUCCAUCAUUUAAAGAUUCUAUACACUGAUACAACACACCUACAUAGAUGAGUAAUUGUUUUUAGCUGACUAGAGCUUUAGUUGACUCCGUGCUUGAAUAAAACAAUGUUGUUACCAUGGUAGCUCCUCUAAUUUUCUAAUUGCCCGGCUUUAAAUAGAAAUAAAAAACCCGUGUUGGUGUGCAUUUUAGAUUAUACUGUGAGGACAAUAAGAACCUGAUGGUGCAUUGCUUAAUUCAGAGCAGUAGAAUAUUUCAAUGCAGUGUAUAUAAUUAUAAUACAGCACAGUAUGCUCUUAUGUACAUAAUGUGUGGAGUGAUGCUUUUAACAAACAGGUGUCAACACCAUGAUAUUACAGAUUAAAUGUUCCUGUUGUCACUGA